AAACACAUGACCAGUUUUCUUUAAUUCCAAUAAUAUUAUUAAAAUUAUAAAAAACAAUAUUGAAGUCUCAGGUCUAACAGAGAUAAGGCAUAGAGGUUCCUAUGAAAUCAAAACUUGCGCUUUCCGGUUCACGGUGACUUUAAAUAACUAGAGCGCGCGUUGGCUGCUGGAUCGUCCGUCAACGGCGCCGCCAUAUUAGUGGUGGCAACUUUACUCUCAUAGCAACUGUAGGUAAAAUGCCUACGUCGUGUGCAGUCUGGGGGUGCACAAACCGUCACACACAUCAAAGUCUCUGGGAAUUUCACAGCAUCUGUCUUUGAUGGCCCACUUGUGUGUUGAGGUAGAAUGGGACAGAACACAUCGGGCCCAGAGUCCCCAGAACCUCCAGAGCAGGACAGUUUUGGAAACAUCAAGAGUUUAGUGGAGGAUCAGCUGCAGACGAGCAUGGUGGUGGGAAUAGUGAUCGGCGCUGGGUUCGCCAUCGUUCUCAUCGCGGCACUCAUAUUCUUUGUCCUGCGCAGGAUGCAUCUCCGCAAACUCGAGGCUCAGGAAGCCCCGAAGUAUCGCUUUCGUAAAAGGGACAAGGUCUUGUUUUACGGGAGGAAGAUUAUGAGGAAAGUUUCUCAGUCCACUUCUUCACUGGUUGGCUCCGCCUCCUCAUCCAGGCCACGCCUCAAAAAGAAACAAAAGAUGCUGAACAUCGCCAAAAAGAUCUUGCGCUUUAAAAAAGAAGUGCCAACUCUACAGAUGAAAGAACCUCCUCCCUCCGUUCUGGAGGCGGAUCUCACAGAGUUUGAUGUGGCCAAUUCUCAUCUGCCAUCAGAGGUGCUUUAUAUGCUUAAAAACGUCCGCGUGUUGGGUCACUUUGAGAAGCCCUUGUUUCUGGAGCUCUGUAAGCACAUGGUGUUUCUGCAGUUCCAGCAAGGUGAAUAUGUCUUCAGACCCGGACAGCCUGAUAGCAGCAUAUACGUGGUACAGGACGGCAAGCUGGAGCUGUGUCUUACUGGACAGGAUGGGAAAGAUGGAGUGGUUAAAGAGGUUUAUCCAGGAGACAGCGUUCACAGUCUAUUGAGCAUCCUUGAUGUCAUCACAGGUCACCAGAGACCAUACAAAACCGUCUCGGCUAGAGCAGCGGAGGUGUCCACGGUCCUUAGAUUGCCUGUCGAGGCAUUUCUGUCCAUCUUUGAGAAAUACCCAGAGAGCCUUGUGCGAGUGGUGCAGAUCAUCAUGGUACGUCUUCAGAGAGUAACUGUUCUGGCCCUUCACAACUAUCUGGGACUGACCAAUGAACUGUUUAGCCAUGAAAUGCAGCUUCGUCCCUCUCCUGUCUCUCCACAUCCGAUACGCACCAGCCCCGUACGACACAGCAAACGUUUCGGCAGCCUCACCGUUCCCGACAAACAUCGUGACGCAGCUCUCCAAAGCGUUACUGCUGGGGAUCAUGGGAAGGAAGGCGGCACAAUCCCGACCCUCAGCAGGACCAUAUCCAUGCCUGUGGACAUUGCAGGCAUGCAGAAAAGCCUGCGGUCGGAUUUUGACAUGGCUUACGAGAGAGGACGUAUCUCUGUGUCUGCUGAAGACGGAGCACCUGCAUUAACACGGGAACAGCGUGAGAGGAAGGUCACAGUGGAUGAGAUUCCGUCUGGUGUAUAUCUGUAUCCCGAGGAGGAGUCAGGAAUGGAGAACCUUUACGGCCCAUGUCCAGGACGACCAAAUGCUACACUAUUUGAGGAGGCCCAGAACGAGAUCCUCAAACUCAUGAAGAUUGAAGACCCGCAGCUGUUAAACGGAAGGGUGACGUUUCAUCACGCCAAAGCUGGAUCUGUGUUAGCCAGACAGGGCGAUCAGGACGUAAGUCUGCAUUUUGUCCUCUCCGGCUGCCUUCACGUAUAUCAAAAGAUGAUUGACAAGCAGGAGGCAGUAUGUCUGUUUGUGACCCAGUCGGGAGAGAUGGUGGGUCAGCUGGCCGUCCUCACGGGAGAGCCGCUCAUCUUCACCAUCAAAGCCGAAAGAGACUGCACGUAUCUUAAGAUUUCCAAAUCUGACUUCUACGAGAUCAUGCGUGAGCAGCCAAGCGUAGUUCUCAGCGCGGCCCACACCGUGGCUAUCCGCAUGUCUGCAUUUGUACGGCAGAUGGAUUUCGCCAUUGACUGGAUGGCUGUUGAGGCGGGUCGGGCCCUGUACCGGCAGGGCGAUCAGUCCGACUGCACUUAUAUCGUUCUGAACGGACGACUGCGUUCCGUCAUCCGGAAAGCGAAUGGGAAGAAGGAGCUAGUUGGGGAGUAUGGUCGAGGAGAUCUCAUUGGAGUGGUGGAAGCUUUGACGCGGCAGCCUCGUGCCACUACAGUUCAUGCGGUCAGAGACACCGAGCUGGUAAAGCUUCCAGAAGGAACACUUAACAAUAUCAAGAGAAGGUACCCACAGGUGGUCACGCGUUUGAUCCACCUGCUGGGCCAGAAGAUUCUGGGGAACCUUCAGCAGGCCCGUGGACCUUUCUCGGGCUCCGCCCUGGGUCUACCCACCGUGGCAUCUAGUCCAGAUGUCACCAACCCAGCCAGUAAUCUCUCCACUGUAGCCGUACUUCCUGUUUGUGACGAUGUGCCAGUCAGUGCCUUCAACUUGGAGCUUAGCCACGCCCUUAGUGCCAUAGGACCAACCCUGCUGUUAACCAGUGAUAUCAUCAGAGAGCGAUUAGGUGCUUCUGCAUUGGACAGUAUUCAUGAGUACAGGUUAUCAGGUUGGUUGGCCCAGCAGGAGGACAUUAAUCGUAUAGUCCUGUAUCAGACAGACAGUGGGAUGACCCCAUGGACCCAGCGCUGUAUUAGACAAGCCGACUGCAUCCUUAUUGUGGGGCUUGGAGACCAGGAGCCUGCACUUGGAGAGUUGGAGCAGAUGUUGGAAAACACAGCUGUGCGGGCACUGAAGCAGUUGAUUUUGUUGCAUCGUGAGGACGGCCCAGGCCCUUCCCGAACCGUGGAAUGGCUGAACAUGCGAAGCUGGUGCUCCGGACACCUUCACCUGAGGUGCCCUCGCAGAGUUUUCUCACGAAGAGGCCCCUCUAAACUGAGAGAGGUGUAUGAAAAGGUUUUUGAGAAGACCGCGGACAGACACAGCGAUUUCUCACGGCUAGCCAGGGUGCUCACGGGGAACAGCAUUGCUCUCGUGUUGGGGGGAGGCGGAGCCAGGGGCUGUUCUCAUGUUGGUGUCAUCAAAGCCAUGGAAGAUACAGGGAUUCCCAUUGACAUAGUAGGAGGAACAUCCAUUGGCUCAUUCAUUGGUGCUUUGUACGCCGAAGAGAGGAGUGCUGUUCGGGUCAAGCAAAGGGCGAGAGAGUGGUCCAAGGCCAUGAACUCUGUAUUCAAAACGGUUCUUGAUCUGACUUAUCCAAUCACGUCCAUGUUCUCCGGCUCCGCCUUCAACACCAGCAUCUCCAAAGUGUUUGAGGAGAAACAAAUUGAGGACUUGUGGCUUCCGUACUUCAACGUGACCACAGAUAUCACAGCGUCUUCUAUGCGGGUUCAUAAAGAUGGCUCUCUGUGGCGUUAUGUCAGGGCGAGCAUGACCCUUUCCGGGUAUCUGCCACCCCUCUGCGACCCCAAAGAUGGAAAUCUGCUCAUGGACGGAGGAUACAUCAACAAUCUGCCAGCGGACAUUGCUCGAAACAUGGGUGCAAAAACAGUCAUCGCCAUUGAUGUGGGCAGUCAGGAUGAGACUGAUCUCUGUAACUAUGGCGACUGCCUCUCUGGCUGGUGGCUCCUGUGGAAACGAAUUAACCCGUGGGCAGAGAAAGUGAAGGUGCCCGAUAUGGCUGAAAUUCAGUCGCGUUUGGCCUACGUGUCCUGUGUGCGACAGCUGGAGGUGGUCAAAAACAGCGCGUACUGCGAGUACAUUCGCCCACCCAUCGACCGCUUUAAGACCAUGGACUUUGGGAAAUUUGAUGAAAUCUAUGAUGUGGGUUACCAGCAUGGUAAACUUGUGUUUACUGAAUGUGCUCGUGGGGACAUCAUUGAAAACAUGCUAAAGGACCAUAGAUCAGCCGAUUAUAAUGACAGCAAGAAGUGUGAUUGUCCUAGUGCAGAUUUCACUGAUCUGGCUGAGAUCGUGUCGAGGAUUGAACCCGUGCAGAGCUACUUAGGAGCCGAUGCAGAAGAGUCCGAUUAUGCAACCGAGUAUGAGGAAGAUGGGAUGGACACGGUGCGAGAAGAGGAGUGUGAAGAAGAGGAGGAAGAGGAGACUGAAGACCCAGAGGACCAGUCUCCAGGAGAAUGGGGCCCAAACGGGGUUUUCACGACGGAUGAGGACAAGACAGUGCGUCAGAGGAAGACCAUCACCAGGAGGUCCAAUGUCUUUUCUGAAGCCUCAGAUUGCUGAAUGGACGGAAUGUAGAGGUCAAAGGUCAUUAAAUCAAGACACGUGAGGGCCUGGAAGGGUGCAGAAGUGAAAGCUUGAUUUCAGUUGAUUUGGGAAGUCACCAAAGAUACUGUUUUACAGACUUCUUCUUCACUACGUCACCAAAACAUUGACUCCCACUAAUGUUGUUUUGCCGUUGGAUUUUUUGGGCUCUAAGACUAUACAGAGGCAAGGGACUCUGGGGACCCACCGUGAAUUCAGUGGACCCAAAAAGUGGAAAACAGUCUGGGAGAUAAUUUUUCAGCAUGUUAUGGCAACAAACAUUUCGGAUGACAAAAGAAUAUUUCCAUACAACACUAGUAGGACUUUAAGCAAUAUGUCUAUAAUUUAAUUUCACUGUGUGUGUGCGCGCGUGCAUGUGUGUGUGUGUCUACUGUCUACAGCCUGAAGUUAGCAGGAAAAGAUUAACUUAAGAUUUUAGGAACAAUUUGUAAAAUUCGUUUUGAAGAGGGAUAAAGUUUUAGAAAGUUUUUGGAAUAAAAACUAACUAAUUAAUGAAUUAUUAAAGGGUUUAACGUAAAGAAAAUAUAAUUCGUUAAAAUGUCACAUAUUGCUAAAAUCAAUAAUUGAGACAAAAUUAAUUUUAGUUGCGGGAACAUAUGUAUGUAGACAGCCAGGUUUAGUAAGGAAGAGAUGUAUAGACAGAAACAGAGUGAGGUAAUAAUGAGGUAGUCGGUGUGACAGGUCGACAGGAAGUGAGCGAAAUAGACAGUUAUGGAUGCGAGUGAGGUAGACAGGAAGUGAUUGAAGUAGACGUUAGAUGAGGAUGAGGUAGAUGGGAGGUAGGGAAUGAACAGGAUGCAAGUUUUCUUUAAAAUUUCCCAUAAAUGCCAAAAAUCUUAAAAUGUGCUUCAGGUAGUCGAGGCAGAUGUCUUAUGUUGUUAUUGCACAUUUAAAGAGCAUAAAGGGGAACAGAACAGAUGAUAUAGAUGCAGGUUGGAUUUGUAUUAUAAAGGGAAACAGCCUUUCUGUAUAGAGUCCAGUUAUAAAGCAGAGGCUGUUUAUUCCAUAGCCAAAAGUCAUCAUCCCUGAUGUUCACCAAUGGUAAAUACUAUAAUCCAUAAUCGGUGUACAAAACCCCUGAGACCUCACUGAGAUUCCCAGAUCCCUCGACGCUUCUGCUUUGCCACAGAAUGCAGAAACUUGUUUUGUAUGUUCAUGAGAAUUUAAAUUGUAUUUAAUUUACUUGUUUUACCACUGUUUUUUUUUUAACUGCUUUUUAACAAAAACAUAGAGAUCAAAAUGGUUUAUUACACAGAAGAGAAGAUGAAAUGAUGUUUCUUAUUUUGCUUGAUUUGCACUAAUGAAUAUUAAUUUUGAAUGUUUACCAUCUAAUUCUGAGAAUCAGUGGAGUCAUAUGUGAAUCUUGAAAGAGAAUUAAAUGCAGAAUUAAAAAACCCUAAUGAAUAAUAAAAUCCUAUUUAAUGUCA